UACCAACUCGACCAUGGCCUCCACACCCAAGCUUUUCUCUGACCUCACCCUCGGCGGCAAGAAGGACCCGAUCCAACUAAACCACCGCGUGGUGUUGGCCCCACUCACCCGAGUCCGUUCAGGCGAUGCAGGCGUGCCGACUGACGUCGUGAAGGAGUACUACCAGCAGCGCGCCACGGAUGGCGGCCUGCUCAUUACGGAGGCUACGAACAUCAGCGCAACCGCUCGCGGAUACUACGGGGCUCCGGGGUUAUUCCGCCAAGAACAACUCAAAGGUUGGCAGGCGGUGACCGAGGCCGUGCACGCUAAAGGGGGCAAGAUAUUCGCGCAACUCUGGCACACUGGUCGGGUGGGCCACCCUCUGAAUCAACCGGACGGUCAACUGCCAGUGUCUUCGAGCGCCACCAGCAUGGACAACGUCAAGAGCCACGCUGUUACUCGUGAAGGCCGCAAGGACUACGUGACUCCGCGCGCGCUUGACAUCGCGGAGAUCCCUGGCAUCGUGGCCGACUACAAGACAGCGGCGGAGAAUGCGAUCGCAGCGGGAUUCGAUGGCGUCGAGAUCCACGCGGCCAACGGGUAUCUACUCGAAGAGUUCUUGUGCGACGGCGUAAACAAACGCACGGAUGCGUACGGCGGCAGCAUUGAGAACCGCGCGCGGAUCAUCUUCGAGGUGGUGGAGGCCGUUCUGUCCAGCGUCGCGCCGAGUCACGUGGGCAUUCGUCUUUCUCCUUUUGGUGAAACUUUCGGCUGCAAGGACUCGACGCCGCGUGAGACCUACGGCUACGUGGUGAAGAAGCUCAACGACUAUGACCUGGCCUACCUCCACGUGAUCGAGCGUCGUGGGCGUCACGCAGAUGGCGUUGAUACACCAGUGAACGGUGUGGCUCACCACUUCCGCGGAACCUACAAGGGCGUGAUCAUUGCGGCCGCGGGUUUCGACCGCGCUGACGCGAUUAAGACGGUUGAGGAGGGGUCGGCGGAUCUCGUGGCAUUCGGGCGCUACUUCAUCUCAAACCCGGAUCUUGUAGAGCGUCUUCGUGUUGACGCAGAGCUGACCCCGUUCGACUCAGGAACAUUUUAUAUGCAGCCGGACAUGCCCGUGCAGGCAGGAUACACGGACUAUCCGUUCUUGGGAGAGGAGGACAAUGGAAUUCGCUCCGCACAGUAUGCUACAGGCGUGUAAGAGGCAAAGGGUAGUAGGAGAGGCGUUGAAACCAAGUUUAUCGCAUUGCACGCCUCUGUUGGAUAGCCCUCUAUUUUUUUAACGACUUACUGGAGCGAUUCU